GUCCCAUCACUGCCGUUGCACGCGUUUGGAACAUAUUUUAAAUAGCUCGUCGGUGAUUCGGUAGCUUGGAACAAGCGAACACGCGCCUCAUUUUCGGUAUAGUGUUUUUCUGGUCGCUGUGACCACCACGUGUGUGUAAUUUAGUGGAAUAUGUAUGAUUUUUAAUCGAAUUGGACCGACUUUUGUUAUAGUUGUUAGUGUAUCUCUUGUAUGAAUAUCUGUGCGAUAACGAUUAUACGAAAAUGAGGUAACCGUUUUCGUCGAUGCCGCAACUGGUUAGAGUGUCUUAUAACGAUCGCUCGUUCAUUCCGGGCUCGAUGCGACCGCUAUGGUAUCAGUGACCGCACUGCUGUUGCUAGCCGUCACUGUCGCUGCGGUCGAUAGACCUAAUGUGUUGGGUUAUACAGAUACGGUACGGCUAGAACGUCAAGGUCCACUCAAAGGCUUGUUAACUACAGUCACCGGUCCCGGUGGUCACCUUGACCAAGUAGAGGUUUAUCUAGGUGUACCCUAUGCGUCUCAAGAGCGCUUUAUGCCCCCGGGGGAACCUCCAGCAUGGUGUUCCACUCCUAGUGGCAGCGAUGGUCAUGGCCAUAGCCACUGCCGGCCACUGUUAGCUGAAUAUCUGAAGCCGGUAUGCCCUCAAAAGCUCCCAGAAAUAGGCGAUUCCGCUACCGGCACCAACAAACGGAUGUCCGCAAUCAGAAUGAACUAUCUGAAACGCCUAAUGCCUUACUUGGGAAAUCAGAGCGAAGACUGUUUAUAUCUUAAUAUAUAUGCUCCACAUGAUUCAAAAAGUGAGGUAAGCGAUGAAAAUGAAUUUAGUAAACCAAUUAAGAAAAGCAAAUAUGCUGUAAUAAUGUUCAUUCACGGUGAGUCUUUUGAAUGGAAUUCCGGAAAUCCAUAUGAUGGAUCUAUACUAUCUAGUUUUGGAAAAAUUAUUUUUAUCACAAUUAAUUAUAGAGUAGGCGUAUUAGGUUUUUUAAAAUCAAAUAGUGGUGACAACCCCGCUAGCAAUUUUGGUCUUUUAGAUCAGGUAGCCGCAUUAGAGUGGAUUAAGAAUAACAUACAAGCAUUUGGCGGUAAUCCAAAUGCAGUCACUGUUAUGGGUCAUGGUAAUGGCGCAGCAUGUACAAAUUUCCUUAUGAUGUCGCCACCAGUCAAUAAUAAUGAUUUAUUUCAAAGAGCGAUACUUAUGAGUGGAUCUGCGUUAUCUGAUUGGGCGUUGGUAAAAAAUCCUAUCGUCAACACUAUUCAAGUUGGCCAAUCUUUAAACUGCGAAGCUGGUGAAGAUGAAAUUUUCUUCGAUUGUUUAAGAAAAAAACGUUUUACAGAUUUAAUUUCAGCAAAAGUGUAUGCGCCUUCUUUUUCAACUAAAUUUGGACCAAUGGUAGAUGGUGUAAUGGUCACAAAUGAACCUUUAUUACUCUUAAAAGAGCAUAAAAGUCUAAUGCGUAGAUACAACGUCUUAAUGGGUGUAACAGAAUAUGAAAGCUACCACCUAUUGGACAGUAUAUCUUUGAUACAUGGCAUGCUAGAAAAUGAACAACAAAGCAUGCUUUUAGAUUACAUGAAAGCAAAGUUCGAGCUUUUCCCCGACCUUACAUUAAGGGCUACACUUGCUCAGUAUACUGAUCGUGACCGGUCAUGGUCAACAUCAGGAGCCUUUGAAAAUAGAGACAUUUUGCUAGAUAUUCUCAGUGAUGCUAUGGUUGUAGCACCUUUAACUUAUUUAGCUGACAUACAGUCUGAAGUUAACGAACACACUUAUUUUUAUGUGUUUACUCACAGAAGUUCAUUCAAUGAAUAUGAUACGGUAAAAAAAAGUAUAAAUGGAGAAGAUUUACCAUAUGUUUUGGGUGUUCCUCUAGGUGGAAAUACAAUAAAUUUAAAAACUCAGUUUGACCAAAAAGAAAAACGCCUAUCUGAGAUGAUGAUGACAUAUUGGAGUAAUUUUGCUAAAACUGGCGACCCAAGUUUUUCCAAAAAAUCAACACAAAAUGAAUGGAAGAUAAAUAAUAUAAGAUGGCCAAAGUAUAAUACCUUAAACCAUGCAUAUUUUGAAUUAAAUUUAACAGCACGAGCAAGAGUAAACUACAGAACAAUCAAGAGUAAGUUUUGGAAUUUAGAUCUUCCUCAGAAAAUUGAAGAUAAAAAACAAAAAGAAGCUGAACAGUCUAAGCCACCAUUACCUGAAAUAUUUCAGCCUCCAUGGAGUAACCAUGAAACACCUAUGUUUAUAUUUCCCACUAUGAUACCUGAAUAUACAUAUCAAUCGAGUGAGUAUCCUCAAGAACCUAACACAGGAGAAGAAUUGUCUUCCGAACCAUCAGAUAAAAAUACGCCAGUCAUCGAAGAAGCAUCUUCUCCCGUAGUCAUACCUUUAAUCAUUAUAAUUGGUAUAUGUUUUUUAUUAGUAAAUAUUUGUGCUUUUGGUGGAAUAUAUUAUCAGAGAGAUAAGUUAAGAGUAAGAGAACGGCUGUUUAAUAAUCGGUUUCGAUGUAAUGAAGCGAAUACAAGUAGAUCAUAUGAUGAUGAUUUAGACGAUAUGUAUGUAAAAGCAGAAGUUCCUCAACUUGAAAAUAUUCAAAAAUUUGGUAAAAGUGACGUUUAUGAUUCUGUAGCAUUAGCAAGUGUUAAACCAGAAGCUAUGGGGGGUAAAAGACUAGGUAAAUGGGCAGAAAUAUCUAAACAUAGAAGUAGUAGUACAGUUACAAUGGACCCGCAUACCAGGGUAAAAGAAUGGAUAAAUACAGAAAUAAUUCAAAGAUAUUCACCAAAAAUUUUAAGAAGACAAAAAAGAGAAGAAAAAAAAAGACAGCUAGUAUGUGCUGAAGAUCCAGUUGAAACGAUUGUAAAAAUACCACUUGAAAACACCAAUUUUAAUCAACCUAGAAAUAAAGUUUCAGUAGCUAUUGACGCUACACCAGCUGCCCGGACAAUUAGUGUUUUAAAACAAACACCAAUAGAGUUGACAAAAUCUAUGGAUAUGAUGAAUUCUUCGGAAAAAAUCGAUAUAAAGCCAUCACUAUCUUUAAGUUCAAUCGAUAGAAACCCGUUAACUAGAGGUAAAGCUAUGAAUGAAUCCGAUAUUUUAUUAUCAUCUACAGAUACGCUACAUAAAAGUUCCACUAGUAUUCAGUUAAAACCAGCAGCUAAGGAAAAGAAGCCUGGAAUUGUUGUUGUGCAUAGUUACUCAAAAUCUGAAUCAUCACGAGAGUCUAAUAAAGAACCUGUUUAUACUCAGGUAUGCAAACCAAAAGAAAAGUUAUCAGUUUCUAAGAAUCCUAGUUUUGAAUCGAGUACUCAUUAUGAAGACAUAAAUGUAACUUCAAAAGAAUUUGCUGUAAAUGAAGGCUCUUCUUUAAGUGUAGAUAGUUCUAGACGUCUUAAAUAUCCUAAAGUAUUGCCAGACUUCCCAAAUGAACGAAAUUCUACGACAGCAGACCGUCGCUUAUCAUUACCACCACCUGCAUUUGCUUCUAUACCAGAAGGUAGCUCAGUGAAAAUACCACCACCUCCACCCCCAAGAAUAUCAUCAACAUUAGGAAGAAAAAAAGAUUUGAAGUCAGAAGUAACUAUAUUGUUUAAUAAAACUCGUCAAGAAGUUAUACCAGAAGAACACAAAUCUUUAAUAGUACCUAGUGUACCAAACGUGAUAUGUCCUCUAACAGCAAAAAGCGGAACCUCGAGAUCUGUUAAUAGAAAAUUAGAGCCUAGAAUAGUAAUCAAGGCUGGUUCAACACAAAAUCAACCUAAAAGGGUAAAUAUACCACGAGUUAUUCAUCCUCAAAACAGCGAUAAAAAUAAAUGUACCGGAGAAAAUGGAAAUACGGGAACCAUCAAAAGGAAAAAGAAAUAAAAGUAAAGAAUUCAUUUUAUAGUUACUAUUUUUUAACUUUUUUAUAAUUAUAUUUUAAAUUAAGAACAUACAUUUAGCUAGUCAUGUUAUUUAAUAAUUAAAUGUGUAUUUUUUUUUAUAUAGAACUUGAUACAAUCGAUAAGUCAUUUAUUGUUUCCUUUUUUUAUUAGUACUACCUCGAUCAGUUGUAAUGAUGUUAUUAAUUAGAAGUUAAAUAUAUUUUUAUAUUUUAUUUUUAUAAAAAAGUAAUUUCUUUAAUGCUGUUUCAAAUUUUUUAUACUUAAAUUCACGACACUCUAAAAAUAUUUACUUAAAGUACUUCAAAAACGUUAGCUUGGUGCGUAAUUCAUUAACGGCUAUUUUUAUAAUUACAUUUUUAACAUACAUUUCUUUUACUGUUAUUCAAUGUAAAACUGC